AGAGAUAACUUAUUGACAGAAUAAAUAUGCUCAGUUAGGAGAAGGGAAGUUGUCUCCUGGUUACUGAGCCUGGUCUAACUAGAGGUGGAAGAUGGCUCUACAGGGGACGAAAGCGCUGGAGGUGUGGUGUAAGCGCGUGACGCAGGACUACGCUGGCGUCAAUAUAUUGAACAUGACGACUAGCUGGAGAAACGGUUUAGGCUUCUGCGCUAUCAUUCAUUAUCAUUGUCCGCACCUCCUAGAUUUCUCUAGUCUUGAUCCAGACGAUGUUUUUGGGAACAACGAGUUGGCGUUCCAGGUUGCAGAGCAGCAUCUUGGGAUCCCGUCUCUACUGGAUCCUCAGGACAUGGUUGAAUGUGAGCUACUGGAUCGAUUAUCCAUUCUAACCUAUCUCUCCCAAUACUUUCAGGCUUUUCACAGUCAGUCAGUACAGACGAGAGUUAGGCGGCUAGGUUCGAUGUCUAAAUCUUCCAGUAACAGUUCAGAUAUGUCGGAUGGAGCCAAGAGAUCCGUCCCAACAAUAGGACGACACUCGGAUCCGUGCAAGAUAUGCAACAAGUCUGUUUUCAUCCUGGAGAGGUUGCACGUGAGCGGACGAAUCCUUCAUCGAACCUGCUUUAAGUGUGCUCGGUGUGGAACUCAGUUAAGUCUAGCAGGGUAUUAUGAGACUGAGACUGCAGAGUAUUGUUGUGAACUGUGUCCUGACGAGGAGCACAGGGAGAAACAGGAAACCUUGAAACCUAAUCUCAGGUCCGAGCAGGAGGAGGAAGAGGUAGAUAGCGGACACAGCUCAGAGGAUUCCAAGGAUAUAGGUGAUGAUGAGGACGAGGAGAAGGAUGAAAGCUCAGAGAAACCAAUUGUUUGUGAACUUCCUAUCGGUGUAAAACCUUCAGCUGAAACUGAAGGGAAAGUAGAUGAUGUAGAACUAAGUGAUGUUAACGCUAAUAUUGAGAAAUUAACAAUUCCUGCCGAGGAAAGCUUCAAUAAUAACACAAAAUCGUCCAAUAUUUGCUCAGAGGUUGAUAUCGAUGUAAAUGAUAAUGCUGUUGAUACUUGUAAUGAAAAAGAAAUUCUUAUGAUUGCUAAAAAUUUAGAAAAAAAUUUAACUGACGACGAUAACGUUGAAUACCCGGAUGAAAAGAAUCCUUUCGACGACGUUGAAGAUGAGGAUUUAAACUAUAGUAAGGACAAUGCAACUGGCCAAACAAUUGACGAAAAUGUCACAAGUGUUGACCUAACGGACGGGAUUCAACCUGAAAAUUGUGAAACUAACAAAUCUUUGAAUCCUUUUGGUGAAUUCGACGACGAGGAUGAGGCUGAAUUAGAUAAACCUAACAAACCCGUGCACUCUAGUCAACAAGAACUUUUAAUCCCGGAAGCUAAGUUGCACAACUCAAGUUUAAAUCCAUUUGGAGAAGAUUUUUCUUCAGAUGAAGAUCAAUCCCUUGGAAGUGUUUCUCCCUCUACUUCAGUUCGGAGUCAGAACAGGCAGAAGAAGAAGCGCCGUGCUCCGCUUCCACCAGGAUCAAAAUCCUCUACUCCUCUCCCCCCGGAGAGUAAACCCUGUACUCCAGUCCCUGCACCGAGAUCUAGUCUCACCCCGGUCCAACAAUCUCAACAAUCAUCUCCAGCUCCAGCUGAGGCAGCAAAAAGAAUUAAGGAUGAACGAAACAUGAACCGAAGAUCUCAAAUUCUUGAAAGCAUCAAGAACGAGAGUGUUCGGAUUGAACUUCCAACUAUUCCCAGCGAUUCUUGUUUAAUGAUCACCAGCGACACAUCCCAGUCUGAGUCCGCCUCCAUAAACCAGAGUGAUACUUUUAGUCUGAUGUCGGCCUCUACUACUACUACUCAGUCCUCGGGUCCGUCAUAUCUAGGAGCCUCUCAAGUAUUCUCUCCCAUACCUCCGGACAAGGCAGAUGAAGGACAGUGGAGGAAGAAAAAAGGACCAGCUCCUCCCCGCCCUAUACCUCCACGCCGAGCUGUUAGGAAACUACACAGGAAAGCUAUUAAUCAAGAAUUGGAGGAUAUUGAAGUAAAACAAGGAGAACUGGAGAGACAAGGAGUUAAACUUGAGAAAACUAUUCGAGAGAUUUGUGACAAAAGCGAUGAGGAAGGAGAAAACAGGGACUCGCUUGGUCCAGAGGCAGAGGAUCUCAUUAUUCAACUCUUUGAUCUUGUGAACGAGAAGAACGAAUUGUUCCGAAGACAGACCGAGUUGAUUUAUAUGAAGAAGGAUAAUAGGUUGGAAGAGCAGCAUGCUGAUCUCGAAUAUCAGAUCAGGAUUCUUAUGUCUAAACCUGAAGGACAGAAGACGGACGAGGAGUUGAAAAAGGAGGAGAGGUUGAUCAAGAAGCUGGUUGAGGUAGUGGGGUUGAGAAAUGAGAUCGUAGAUUGUCUUGAAUUGGACAGGUUGAGAGAACGGGAUGAAGAUACUGCUAUAGAAGAUCACAUGAGCAACUAUGCAGCGGUUAAACCUGUUGAAGAACCGAAGAAAACUCUCACUAAGAUGCUGAGAAUCAAGAAGAAAAAGAAGAAGGAUCGGGAUAGUGAGAAGGACGUUGAUACCAGUGAAAUACAGGACCCAGAGGAGCUGACGAGUACGGAGAAAAAGAAAAAAUCGACAAAGAAAAAAUUACUGAGCUAUGCAUCCAAGAAGUUAACAUUUCCACACUGAUCAUAUAAAUCCGUAUUAUAAAGUUAUGUAAAAAAGUGCAUAAAUCUUUUAGUAUUAAUUUUCAAGCAUUUAGUUGACACAAACUGUGAUAUCUCAUCACAUGCCUUUUUUUGUUGUAUUUAACUAGCCUUUAAAGAUUUAUUGCAUAUUUAACUUUUCUCGUAGUCGCGUUAACAUCGGUAUAGAAUCAUUAUGUAGAUCAGAGAUUUAACUAUAUAUGGAACGUUAUUGUUAAUAUAAUAAAUAUGCAUUAUAUUUUCUAAA